UCUUAUAACCGUUUUGUAUUGUCACUGCCACAACCAUAUCCCCCAUGAUGAAUGGAAGAAUCCAGCUUUUUCAUAUAAUUGCAACUGCGGUCCGAAUACUUUUUUCCAGCUGUCACCCUUGCCACCCUGUUUGGUUUGGUUAUAAAUUGAGGAACUUCGGAGGAGACUCAAUGUGAACUUCUCUGUACGUUUUUUUAUGCAUUAAAAAAACAGAGUUCUUGCCGUGGCUGCAUCUUUCUCAGCGCCUUCAGUGGUAAUGGAAGAAGGGAGGUUUGAGGCUGAAGUUGCAGAGGUGCAAGCAUGGUGGAACUCUGGGAGGUUCAAGCUAACCCACCGACUGUAUUCAGCAAGAGAUGUUGUUGCUUUGAGGGGAAACCUUAAACAGAGCUAUGCCUCUAAUGAAUUGGCUAAGAAACUCUGGAGAACUCUCAAGACUCACCAAGCCAACGGCACGGCUUCGAGGACUUUUGGUGCACUUGAUCCAGUCCAGGUGACUAUGAUGGCUAAACAUUUGGACACAAUUUAUGUCUCUGGAUGGCAGUGCUCAUCCACACACACCUCCACAAAUGAACCAGGUCCAGACCUUGCUGAUUACCCCUAUGACACCGUCCCGAACAAGGUCGAACAGCUCUUUUUCGCGCAACAAUACCAUGACAGGAAACAAAGAGAGGCGAGAAUGAGCAUGAGCCGCGAAGAGAGGGCCAGGACUUCCUAUAUUGAUUACUUGAAACCAAUAAUUGCUGAUGGGGAUACUGGCUUUGGAGGCACUACAGCAACUGUCAAGCUAUGCAAGCUCUUCGUGGAGCGGGGCGCUGCUGGUGUUCACAUUGAGGACCAGUCUUCUGUGACCAAAAAAUGCGGUCACAUGGCCGGGAAAGUACUUGUUGCUGUUAGUGAGCACAUUAAUAGGCUUGUAGCCGCAAGGUUACAGUUUGAUGUGAUGGGAACUGAAACAGUUUUGGUGGCUAGGACCGAUGCGGUCGGGGCUACUUUGAUCCAAUCCAAUGUGGAUUAUAGAGACCAUCAGUUUAUCUUGGGUGCUACAAAUCCAAACCUUAGAGGGAAACACUUGGCUUCUCUUUUAGCAGAAGCAAUGGCUGCUGGUAAAACAGGAUCUGAACUUCAAGCAAUUGAGGACAAUUGGCUUGCAGCGGCGCAACUCAAAACAUUCCCCGAAUGUGUUGUGGAUGCAAUUAAGAAUAUGAAUGCUCCAGAGGAUGAGAAGAGGAGGAGAAUGAAUGAGUGGAUGAAUCAUUCAAGCUUUGACAAGUGUUUGUCCAAUGAGCAAGGAAGAGAGAUUGCUGAAAGAUUGGGGCUUAAGAAUCUGUUCUGGGACUGGGACUUGCCUAGAACCAGAGAAGGGUUUUACAGGUUCAAAGGGUCUGUAAUGGCUGCAGUCGUUCGCGGCCGUGCUUUUGCUCCUCAUGCUGACCUUAUCUGGAUGGAAACUGCAAGCCCAGACAUGGUUGAGUGCACCAAGUUUGCUGAAGGAAUGAAAUCGGCGCACCCUGAAACCAUGUUGGCCUACAAUCUCUCACCAUCAUUCAAUUGGGAUGCUUCAGGAAUGACUGAUGAACAAAUGAGGGAGUUCAUUCCUAGGAUUGCUAAGUUGGGAUACUGUUGGCAGUUCAUAACUCUUGCAGGUUUCCAUGCUGAUGCACUAAUCGUCGACACUUUUGCGAAAGACUAUUCCAAGAGGGGAAUGCUGGCUUAUGUUGAGAAGAUCCAGAGAGAAGAAAGGAACCAUGGUGUUGACACACUUGCUCAUCAAAAAUGGUCCGGCGCAAACUAUUAUGAUCGGUAUCUCAAGACUGUUCAGGGAGGCAUAUCUUCCACUGCUGCUAUGGGAAAAGGUGUGACUGAGGAGCAAUUCAAGGAGAGGCCAGGAGACACCCAACUGGGUAAUGAAGGCAACAUGGUUGUUGCCAAAGCAAGAAUGUAGAAGCCCUAUUUUGAGUGUUAAUAAAGUGUGGCAAUAACUUAAUACGUGAUUAUAGGCAAUUUACUACUUGUGUUUUUGCAUCUACGAAGCCUUGCUACCAAUUGGAGCUUGUGUAUGCUUUAUGUAAUUCCAUUCUGUGUCUUGAAGAACUAUCAUGAGCUUUUGUUAAGAUACUUCUGCUGGAUUCUUCUA